GUGCCUUAGAAUAGGAACUCUCUCCCGUUACUUUGAUGCUUGGCUCCGAAUGCUUGGUUCCCUAUAGAACAUAUAUCGAAAAAAAAGUUACAUAGAUUUAAAAUGGACUGGGCUACUGAUCUUGAGAUCACUUCCAAGAAAUUGAUACCUCGCUUAGGUAGACGUGCAGGUCAGAAUAACUUGCAGGAAGAGAAUAGAUCUGACGAUGAUCCUCUCGAGAGUCCAAUUUCUUUGUCAUCUGGAAAGUCUGUGCCUAUGCAAAGACCGAUAGUUCCACCUCGUUCUAGGAAAACCGGCUGGGGCGAUGAACUAAAAAGUGGCAAAUCAAAGAUGACGUCGAAUAUUGUUGAACAACUGUUCCUUAGGGAGCGUUUUCGAGCUGUCGAGAAGGAAGAACAAGAUGAUAUUCCUGUUAUACCAGAUUUGGAUGAAAUUCAGGAAGAUAAUAUUCCAUCCGAGAUUGCAAGUGCUCCUACAAUCAAUGCAAAUAGAAUGACUGCUUACGAGGAAUUGGAUACUGAUUUGGUGAAAAAUGCAGCAUUUACAUCAUUGGAUGGUAUCAGUCUUUCUCUUCUCGCAGACAAACUGUACAAUGAAAAUUUAGUGAAGGAACCCGAUGAAGUUUGGAAUUGGAAUCUUCUUUUUACACAAAUUUCUUCUGAGAUUAAUAGCGAAGCGCAGGAAAAAAUUAAAAGUUGAAGCUAUGAAAAAUUAUAAAUUAUUAGUGUUUUUAUACUUGAAAAAUAAAAAAAUAAAGCUUUAUAUAUAAUAAUGAAUAUUUUGGCUGCAUCCUUAAGUUUUAUUUUUCAAUAUAUGAAGAUCCUACAGGAACGAUCCAAUCACAUAAUUAUAACCCAACUUUUCAAAUAAAAGUCUACAAAGAUUUGCAAUAUUUUCGAAACAAAACAACUUAUUAAUUACUGAACAUAAAUUUUCAUAAAUUUUAAAGAGAAAUUAGAGGUAAAGGAAGGAAACAUAAAAAAUAUAUUGUGGUUAAAUACAAAAAAUG